CGACUAAUCACUAAUCCACCUUAUGUCUUGCCACAAUGGAGGCUAAACGCACCAAUUGAGGUAUUUGCCAGACCGCAGGACGGCUAGAUUGUCUCCUCCGUCUACGAGCGCCCCACGUUUUGUCUGCCGUGACGAUGGUUGCCCGGCAGAUUUUCAAUGGCGUUUCGCUGGUGGGCUUCGUCAUAUAAAGGCUGGGUGACGAGCUCAUUAUUUGGGGAUCUUUUUUGGUUGAAAUAUCUCUACUCAGGUUUACUUUGCUCCUUACUACUCCCCUUCAACUGUCCAACAACAUCAUCGAGUACAAUUGAUCCGACAUGUCUUCUCUCAAGCCAAUCAAGGUCUGGGGCGCUGAUGGCCCGAACCCCCCAAAGGUUCCCAUCGUCCUCGAAGAGCUCGGCGUUCCCUACGAGAUUGUGCCCGUGGAAAUCAGCAAGACCAAAGAGCCGGAGUAUCUAAAGGUCAACCCCAACGGCCGCAUCCCAGCCAUCUACGACCCGAACACCGACCUCACCCUGUGGGAGUCGGGCGCCAUUGUCCUGUAUCUCAUUGAGAGAUACGACAAGAAGCAGGCCCUGAGCUUCCCUGCCGGGAGCAACGACGCCGCGCUCGCCCUGCAGUAUCUCUUCUUCCAGGUGUCUGGGCAGGGACCUUACUACGGCCAGAACGUCUGGUUCCACAAGUUCCACUCCGAGGACGUGCCGUCUGUAAAGGAACGUUACCUCAAGGAGGUUAACCGCGUCACCGGCGUCCUGGAGGGCGAGCUGGAGAAGCAAAAGAGCAAGGGCGGCGAUGGUCCGUGGCUGGUGGGCGGCAAAUACUCCUACGCCGACUUGUCCUUCCUGCCGUGGCAGCUGAUCAUGGUCAAGUUCUUUGACAAGAACGGCUACAACCAUGCCAGCUUCCCUCUUGUCAAGAACUGGAUCGAGAGGAUCUUGCAGCGCAAGGGCGUUCGCGCCGCCCUGAGCCAGAGCUCGUACCUCAAGAACUUUGUGGAGUAGUGGCAAGAAGCGUGUAUGCGCCGGGCAUGGAGGGUGGCAUUAUCAGUCGAUGAGUAGUCACUCUUAAUCGAAUUGUUGCCAAUACUUUUCCAGCCGUGGUUCCAGUGCCGCCUUGCGCGUGUGCCAGGCCAGCCCGGAGCGAUUCGCAUCCGGUUCCGUCCCACUAUGCCCAAUGAGGAAAUUGGCCGGGCGUUAGCGCGGAGCUUCGUCCACGACAUUCCGUGCAGG